UCAGUCGCCGCAGGUCGAUGGUGUUGUCCGUACCGACGGUCCGUCCGUAGCCGUCCUCGCCGCGCGAUGCGUCCACCGACGUGUGUUUCUGCACAUGGCCGUGCCGCCCGACGGGCCUCUGCACUGCUCCGCGAUUUCUGGCGUCCAGCCACCGUCUUUUUUCAGGAUUGCGUCUACUAUUUUUAGAAGAAUUAUAUUAUACUUAGCAUUCAUACCAUGACUACAUCAUCAGAAGAUGUUUUGAUGCAAGUGGGCCAAGUGCGUUAUAAGAAAGGAGAUGGCACUUUAUAUGUGAUGAAUGAACGAAUAGCAUGGAUGCUUGACAACAAGGAUACUGUAUCCGUUAGCCAUAAAUAUGCUGAUAUUAAGUUACAAAAGAUAUCACCAGAGGGAAAGUCAAAGAUACAAUUACAAGUGGUAUUACAUGAUGGUACAUCAUCUACAUUUCACUUUGUAAAUAGACGUGGACAAGAAGCUCAAAUCAAAGAUCGUGAUGAUGUGAAAGAAUUACUCCAACAGCUAUUACCAAAAUUUAAGAGAAAAGUUAACAAAGAAUUAGAAGAAAAGAAUAGGACUCUGCAAGAACAUCCUGGUCUGCUUCAACUGUAUCGUGAUCUGGUUAUUACACAAGUUAUAUCAUCAGAGGAAUUUUGGUCGCAAUAUGCUGCAGAAUAUACACAAGCCAAAAAAAGCCAACGCCAAGAAAUAGGUGUGAACAGCGCUUUCCUGGCGGAUAUUAAACCACAAACCGAUGGUUGCAAUGGAUUAAAAUACAACUUAACUGUCGACGUAAUAGAAUGUAUAUUUAAGACAUACCCAGCCGUUAAAAGGAAACAUCAGGAAAAUGUGCCUCACAAAAUGUCAGAAUCUGAUUUCUGGACAAAAUUCUUUCAGUCACAUUAUUUUCACAGAGAUCGUAUCAAUGCUGGGACCAAGGAUCUUUUUACCGAAUGUGCCAAAAUAGAUGAUCAAGAACUUAAAAAGGACUUGCAAUCUGGAAUAAACGAUCCUUUGCUGGAUAUCACUUCUUUCGAGGAUCAAUCGUUAGAUGAGAAUUACGGGAGUGGAUGUAGUAAAUCUGACAAGACGUCAGGGAAUAUCGUUCACCAGAGUAUGAUCAAGAGAUUCAACCAACAUAGCAUAAUGGUUUUGAAAGCGAGCACUGCCAAACAGUCUAUGCAAAUUAAUCAGCCACAGUUAAACGGAUCUACACCGUCUGCAAGCAAAGUCCCAAAUGAUCAACCAGAUAACGGACCAAAGGCUAAAAAGCUUAGAAUACAGGAAAAGAUAAUUUAUGAUGAUCUCGACACAAGCUGUGACACAAACAUAAGUAAUGGAGCACCACUAAAACUGACACACAUAGAUAGAUAUUUGCAUGGGCCUGUACCAGGGUACGGAAGUACAGAGCCAACUUCUGAAGAACUACUCCUUACAUUAAGUCAUUUGAAGAAGGAAUCUUCCGGAUGGGUAUUCGGUAACACGUUACCACGGCAAGCAGCGACGUCCUUAGUCAGUCCAGCCGCAGCAGUGUCGGCUUUAGGUGAAUUAACACCUGGCGGAUCCUUAAUGAAAGGUUUCCGAGAGGAAAGUCUCGGACAAUUAAUACCAAAGGAUUUGGAGAAGGAUUUACGUAAUAUAUAUGUAUGCACGUGCGAGCUGUUGAGGCACUUUUGGCGGAGUUUCCCUCCAACGACGCCGCAACUUGAAGAGAAAGCGAUUAGAAUGCACGAAGCUUUACAUAGAUUUCAUUCUGCUAAACUUAAACCUUUCGAGGAUCGCGUGCAGAGAGAAUUUUCUGCGAUUAGUCAACACUUAACAAGUCAUCUUAAUCAAUUACUGAAUACUGCGUACAGAAAGUUUGCAGUAUGGCAACAGCGAAAAAUACAAAUGAGGUAGCCGUUCGUUAAAAUCUUUUAAUAGCAAAGACGUAAAUAAAGCAGAGCAAUAUUGAUCAUCCCUACGCAUACUGCAUUUUGUAACGUUACCGUAAUUAGAUGUUAAUAUAAAUGUAUUUUACAAAAAAGGCGAAACCAAAGCUACGUCAGGUCAUACGUCCUGUGCUGCCACCAUAUAUCGUUUAUUUAUUAUUAUUACUUGUAGCUGCUUGUAACUGUUUCCGAACUACUUUUGCAAAUUUAUCAUCCGGAUUCAAUCGCGACCGAUUAAAAUGUCAAUUUAAAACCGUGGUACAUGUAGUUAAUAGCUUAUUUAUUUGUAGCUAAGCUAUAUGUAAUAUAUUUGAGUGUAUGAGAGUGCGUUUAUUGAGGACGCACAAAUAUUUUCAAGAUAUCUCUUUACACUUCGAGAAGAAAUAAUGGGUUUGUAAAAUCUUGCGAAAAAAAAAGAAAAGUAAAAAACGAUAUAGUAAAAGUAAAAACGAUAUAGUUGCAUAUAAUUACCUAAUGUUUGUAAUAUGCGACUAUUUUGAGUUUAAUAUGUCAUAACGAGAGAAGGUGAGCGACUGGAAAUAUUGUACGAUAUCAAAAUAACUGUGAUACCGCCACUGUACAGUCAAGCUUGUUAAUAUAUAUUUCUUCGUCUCGAGAACGCCUUCAUGAUGACGAUCUACUUCAAUUAUGUCAUUUUGUUGAUGAAGAGAAUCACUUGUGAUUCCUUCGUUCGUUUUCAUCUUUUUUUAUUGUUUGCUUUCGCGAUAAAUAUAGAUUGAAAUAUCAGUCCUCUUCGUGCGCGAUCAAAUCGAUUUACUCUGUAAAUUCGAGAGAAUCUCUAAGUACGUCUCCGGGAUCUUUGAGAAGAUUUCCCGUCCUCCUACUAUUUAUUUAAUAAGGACAGUGGCAUCGGUAUACUUUGUAUGAUAUCUGCGAUACACUCAACUAAGUGUCUUAAUUGUUGAAUCCUAUUUUCCCUUGUGCUCUGCUGAGUAAGGCGAUCUGCAAGUUUUCAUAAACUGCCUACUCAGACUCUACUGUAGCAAUAAUUUGACAGUUUUAGAGAUAGAUAGUACCUAUUUCAAUUAGUAACGCGCGACUCGCUCGUUACGCUAUUAUAAUUCUUAUGAUCAUUGCUAGGGUAUAAUAAUUAUAAAUAUAUUCUUACAUUAUGAUUAUAUAAAUAUAUAUAUAUAUAUAUGUAUGUACAUAUAUAUAUACAAUAAAUGUUAUCAUUGUGAUCACGAUUCUUAA